UCUCUACUCUACUAUUGUUUACGGGGAGACCGACUUUCCCCUCUACCAACUGUCCGUUCCAUUCAACCCUCCGCCAGGCAAACAACUUCUCCCACCCCCUUACGUCUCGUCAAAAAUACCGACUGGCUUUGUCGGAAAUACUUCCUUUGUUGGGAGGGGACGUCUGUGUGUCCAUCGGCCAUCGGCGCCGUAUAUCCCCUGACCCUGUCCGCCCGAUAAUCACGAUAGUCGGAAACGAAGAACAACGAGCUACAAAGCGAGAACCCUCCGUGCUUAACGCGUCGAAUCGGUCGGAGCGUGAACUUCAAUCCUCUGGCAGGCACUUGGAAUGGUUUGCGCCGGCUGAGAGCAAGUCGAAUUUCAGAGACAGACAAUGUCUACGUCCAGUCAAUUUCACGGGUCGAAGCUCAGCACGGGGAACAACAGUCGACCGUCGAGUAAAGAUGGACCGAAGAAGAAUAUCUGGUCGUCGAUGCUGGACAGUGUCGCGAAUGGAAAGCGCUUGCCUGAGAAGAACCUCCUGAUUCUCGGAGGUACGCCGGAGAGCCAGAGAGAGUUUCUAGAGACCUUUGCGGCCGACACGUCGGAUCCUAACCUGGCAAACGAGAAACGGAAGGGCAGAGUUCCGCCUGUCGCCAAUCAAUUCGCACUGGGGUACACAUAUCUGGAUGUGCUGGACGCCGACCAGGAAGAUACGUUGGCACGCGUGUCCGCAUAUCUACUUUCCGAACCUUCGCUGUCCUUCGCGCCUCUCCUUAAACCCCUCCUGACCCCCAAUUCAGUCCCGGAAACACUGGUGGUGAUUCUUCUCGAUUGGUCGGAACCGUGGAUUUGGAUCCGGCAGCUGAGGGAAUGGGUCCGUCUCCUGCGACACGUGCUCAUUUCUCUAGACGACGAGACGAAGAUCGUGAUGGAGGAAACCAUGACAGAAUGGCGAGACCGAAAGAGGGGCAUGGAUGCCAACUCGGCGGGCGCGCAGGGACUGACCAGUUCUGGCGGACCGGUGACGAUACCUUUAGGCCCCGGUGAAUGGGAUGAGGGACUAGGCAUUCCCAUGUGUGUGGUUUGCCAGGGGGCGGAUAAGAUCGAAAAGCUGGAGAAAGACCACAGCUGGCACGAGGAAGAAUUCGACUUCAUUCUUCAGUUCCUACGAACCAUUCUUCUCAAACAUGGCGCGUCUCUUAUCUACACCACACCAUUCCUCGCCAAUUCCCUUCAGAGCCUCCUACAUUCGUCCUUGGGGAUACACUCGCUGUUGAAGAGACAAUCACUCAAACAUAACGUGAUCGACCGGGAUAAGAUUCUGGUGCCAUCGAACUGGGACUCAUGGGGAAAGAUUCGAAUCAUCCGAGAUGGGUUCGAUAUGGAAGGAAUCUCCACUGCGUGGUCGAUUGAGAUCCAAGAGCCCCCGGAGCCACUAACCUACGGACCCGUCGAGGAGGAAGAGCCUAAAGACGAGGCAUCCGCCGGACUAGAGGACGGGACCAGCGCCGUGGCCAUCUUCGAACAGACGAUCAAGGAUCCCAAGCGUGACACCUCGCUGGCGCUCGCCAGCCAACAAAGCAAGAAGAAGAUCGAGGUUGAGACCACUGACAUGCAGACGUUCUUCAGCAAACAGCAAGAACUCCUGGAGCAACUCAAGAUCGAAGAUGAGAAGGACCGCGCCGUCAACAAAAUGCCGCCUCAGCUGGAAAUGUCGCCUCUGGAGGACAACGGCCGCGUCAACGAGCACAUCGGCCCCGUGCAGUUCAACAUGGGUGGAAUCCAGGUCGACGCCGAUGACAUGUUACGAAAACUCAAGGUCCGUACCCAUGCCAACAGACCAAAUUUCGUGUCCUCCCUUCCCUCAGACCCGGAAAAUUAACCAUCUAUUUAUAAAUUUCAGGAGAGAGAGGCCAGUCGUGCUCAAACCCAAAGGAAGGAAACGGUCUCGUCGCCUCCGGCCCCCGGCAACGAAAAGGCUCACAACCAAGCCCUGGCGAACUUCUUCGCCGGCUUAGUCAAGAAACCAUCUGGAAGUCCACGAGGUAGUCCGUCGGCGUAGUAGGAGUCGGAGUUCUGUACGGAGUAGGAAGAAGAGAAGGGAGAGAGAUAUCGUAUGGACUGUGACGGUGACGGACUUCUUUCUUCUAUACAACUUUUCACCAUCCAUUUCCAUUUUCAACCUCCUUUUUUGGAUUGUACUUUUAUUUUAUCAUUUUUUAUGCCCCUACCUUGCGCACAGUACAUAUUUGAAAUACUGGCUUGGCGAGACGCUCUUUUUUGUUUUUGAUACCAGAAUGGAUUUGUGGCUGGAUCAGGAGUCGAGAAAGAGGGAUAGCAUAUGUGAAUCAAUCGAUUUCUUAUAAAUUAUCGGA